AUGAAAUUAAAGAUUGGUUAUGUGUUAAAAAAUUUAGAUAAUAAUAUAAAAGUAAUUUGUAUUUCAUAUUAUUUAUAUAAUUUAAAAUAUAAAAAAUUAAUUUUAAAAAAUUUAUAUAUUAAAGUGUAUGAUUAUAGAAAUGAAAUUAUAAAAAAUGAUUAUAUAAUUUUAAAAUAUUAUAAAAAAAGUAAAAAUUGUAAUAAUAAAGUUAUAAAGAUUUUAUGA